GCGCGCCCACGCGGUGCGGCCCCGGAGCCCUCUCUGGCCGUGUGCUCCGCCCUCUCCCCCUUUCAGCCCCGCGACCCUCCUCCCCUGGCCGAACAUGGGCGCGCGCGCGUCCCAGGAGCCCCGGACCCGGGUCCGGGCCGGGUUGCGGGUGCUGCUGCCGGUUCUGCUUCUGGCGCUGCUGCUGCUGGCGCUGGUGGCUCCUGGAGCGCAGGGGGCUCGGGGCCGCGGGGCUGCGGACAAGAACAGCCACCGGCGCGCGACGAGCAGCUUCUCGCAGAGCGUGAGCAGCCUCUUCGGAGAGGACAACGUGCGCGCGGCUCAGAAGUUACUGUCCAGGCUGACCGAGCGGUUCGUGCAGGGAGUGGACAUGUUCUUAGAGACGUUAUGGAAAGUUUGGAUGGAGCUCUUAGAAGUCCUUGGGCUUGACGACAAUGGAGGUAGAGCCUGCAGUGAUGGUGACCUGGGCCACCUGGAGCCUCUGGAAGCCAGAAGAGGGCAGAAGAGGCUCCCGAGAGUCCUCACACAGUGUCCAACCUGUCACAGUACUUCAGCCCAGCCUCAGUGUCCAACAGCCCCACCCGGGCCCUGGUGCUGGUUGGUGUGGUUCUCCUGGCCUACUGGUUCUUGUCUCUGACCUUGGGCUUCACCUUCAGCCUCCUCCACCUGGUGUUUGGCCGCUUCUUCUGGCUCGUGCGUGUCAUCCUGUUCUCCAUGUCCUGCGUGUAUAUCCUACAUAAGUACGAGGGCGAGCCAGAGCACGCAGUGCUACCGCUCUGCGUCGUGGUGGCCAUCUACUUCAUGACGGGGCCCAUGGGCUACUGGCGGGGCAGCCCCGGUGGCCUUUGCAGCCCCAGUGUGGAGGAGAAGCUGGAACACCUGGAGAACCAGGUGAGGUUGCUUAACAUCCGCCUCAACAGGGUGCUCGAGAACCUUGACCGCUCCAAGGACAAGUGAAGGUCAGCUGCCUAGCCGUCCAACCAGCUAGUGAUGUCAAAAGACAGAAGAAGAAGAGAAGAGCCGGCAACCCCACCAAAUCCCAACCCUCCCAAUAAACUGAGCAAAAACGCCACGCCUGGUAUUUCCCACUGUGUGUCGACCUUAGGAGCCACUGGAGGAGAGAGCACUUUCGUAGAUCACCAGUGGGAAAGCAGUUUUUAAACAACGGAUAUACCCCCUGUUAGCUGUGUAGUCGGAUAACUUUACCUGUGCAUAGAACAUAAUGUUGAUUUUUCUUCCCAAACAUUUAAAUACAUCUUUUGUAAGGUUUUUAAAUAAAGGCAGAUGGAGUCAAGUUUAUCAGAGCUUUGAAGGGAACGCUUGACGUCCUUAAGGAGGUUAAAAUUGGCUUGUGGGUGAGCACCGUGUGCAAUCUCUUCGUCUUCCCGAAUGUGACCUUUAUUUCGUGUCUUCUGGGGUUGGUGGUGACCUGGUUAACAAGUGCUGUCUCUUGUUCUUGUGGACACUUGGGCUUCAGAGGAUUGGAUCCUAGGGAUCCUGUGAGCUCUUCGUCCAUUGUGCCCCUCCAUGUCUAUUUCUGUUUUGUAUGGUGCUGGGGAUACUGAGCCCACCCCCCCACCCUUGUCCAUUGUAUUUCUGAAUGAAGGUACCCACAGACGUCCCGAGAUCUCUUUCUCUUCUCUGGACUUCAAUGUAGAUUAACCCUAGCCUUUCCAGGAAGAAAGGACAUGGAUGGAGCUGCAAACUGUCUUUGGAGUUUGAUGCUAAGAACCGGGUAGGCCCCGAAGAUCAUUCCAGAAUCCAGCUGAAUCUCACAUUCCCUGUUGGCCAGCGAGGCCCAGAUAGCCGGCUGGACCCUCAUGGGAAUCACUUGUUUCCUUUGCUUCUAAUUGACUCGGGACCAUAGAAGAAAAAGGAACCGUUCACGGCCAGUAACAUCCUUUAUUUCAUUCCUUCUAGAACAUUCGUAGGCAUAAGCAACCUUGAGAUCUGAAUCGUUUGUCCUGAAAUUUUUAUAAUUGUGUUAGGUGCUUUUUAAAGUCUGGGGUCCAGGGCAUUGCUUGUUAAUAGCUAAACCCCUGGGUGCAGAGACCUCUCUGCCAGCUUCUGUGGAAAGAGAGCUGGCUUUUGUGGGAUGUCACUAGGGUCGCCCGUGAGGACUGUGGAGCCACUGAGUCCCAACUUGAGCUUGGAGGGGGACCCAGCUGAUGGCAGCUCUGGUGCCGUAUGUCUGUGAAGUUCUGUCUUUGGUUACAGGUAUCUGUCACACAGAUUUGGGUCUUUGAGGAUGUGGCCGAGAGAGACCUCUGUUCUCGAGGUGACAGGCAGUAUGGGACUCUCAUUUUCUUGAAUUUCAUUCCCUUCUGGAACCGGUACUGGGGAAAUCUCUCCACAGACAUUGGAAAUCCACAACUUGUGAUGUGAAACAUUCCGAUUUUGUUGUUUAGAUGCUCUAGGCAUAUCUACUCGCGGCACAGGGUGGAAGUAGCCGAGAAGGGGCACCUUGGCUGUUAAUAUCUUUCCUUCCAGAUGUCUGGUCAUAUCAUACUAAAAGAUUACUUUUCAGAUGUUGGCUAGGGGGCAGUCACUCUCUGUAAAGCUAAACCUUCUUGCCUUGGCUCCUCUCAGUGGCCACUUGAGAUGUUGUAGGUCGAUUCCUAUACAGUCCACUGUAGCUAAGACUGCAACUCCACCCAGUAUUCAGGAGGCAGAGGCAGGAGGAUUGCUGCUAUUUGAAGGCCAGCCAGGUCUUAAGUGGUCUAUUUCAGGUCAGCCAGGGUUACAUAGCGAGACCAAAAGCCAGGUAUGGUAGCACAAGAGAGCAGAGGCAGGCACAUCGGAGUUUAAAGCCAGUCUGGUCUAUGUAGUGAGUUCCAGGACAGGCAGUUUUAAUACACUGAGACCUUGUCUCAAAACAAUAGCAACAAAAAAGGUAAAAAUCUGCAAUAUUUUUUUCCAGUCUGACCAAAUGUAGACUCUAAAGCCAGUUUUAUAGUUGAAUAUAUAUAAUGUGUAUAUACAUAUAUAUGCUAUAUAUAUUCAUGUAUUAUUUGUAUAUAUACACUAUAUAUAUACAUACACAAGAUGCCUUCAUUUUAAUUUUUACAUCUAGUUAUUAUGAUUUUUUGAGACAGGGUCUCAUGUAUUUAAGACUGGCCUUGAACUUGCUAAGUAGCUGAGACUGGCCUUAAACUCUCCUGCCCCCAGCCCGAGUGCAGGAAUGAUGUGCACAUGUGACUACGCCCCCAUUGUUCGAACGCCUUGGGGUGAACGCGGCCUAUGCAUGUUAAGAGAGCACUCAAGAGUCCAGUCCUGGAUACCUUCAUUCUUAGUGGAAGAAUGUACAAAUCAGAGUAGAAUGUUACUUGAAAUUCUAGUAGUUUUUUUGUUUUUAAAAACUUCAACCGGGCGUGGUGGCGCACGCCUUUAAUCCCAGCACUCUGGAGGCAGAGGCAGGCGGAUUUCUGAGUUCGAGGCCAGCCUGGUCUACAGAGUGAGUUCCAGGACAGCCAGGGCUACACAGAGAAACCCUGUCUCGAAAAUCAAAAAAACAAAAAACAAAAAAAAAUAAAACAAAACAAAACAAAAAAACUUCAGAUGGUGUUACUGUGUUUGAUGCAUAUAUUUUAGCUUGUUUGUUUGUUUGUUUGUUUGUUUGUUUUUCUUUUUGAGGCAGGGUCUCUCUACAUAGCCCUGGCUGUCCUGCAACUCUCUGUGUAAACCAGGCUGCCCUCUAACUUGCAGAGAUCCACCUGCCUCUGAUUGCUGGUAUUAAAGGUGUUGCACCACCAUGCCUGGCAUUGUUUGGAAGUAAUCAUAGCCCCCAGUAGUUAAAGAUUUUUUUCUUUUCUUCUUUCAUUCCGUGGACAGCUUAUUGGCCUCCCUUCCCUUCCCCCUCCCCCUAUCUCUUUUGUAUGUGGAAAGAUGUAUUUUUGUACCUUAUUUCAUGCCUUAUCUUCAGGGCUGUGUACAACUCCUCCUUAACCGAAUAACAUGAUAAACAUUUGGACAGCAGCCACUGUGGAUCUAUUAUAGAUAAGGGGCGGGGCAGGCGAUAUGGCUCAAUGAAGAAAGGCACUUGCCACCAAACCUGAGUUUGAUUCCCGGGACCAACAUGGUGAAAAAAGACAGACCACUCCCACAGGUUUCCUUCUAACCUCUACGCAUGGGCUGUGGCUUCCCACCCCUUGGCCCCAAUAAAUACAUAUAUACUUUUUUUUUUUUAAAUGAAAAGAUAGUGUAAGGAUUAUAACUGUCUCAAAGUCAGUAUUAACUCCCUGGUGGUCGUCUCUCAUAUUAGGUACUUGCUUUACCGAGGACAGGACUGGUUGCCUCUGAAGUGUACUGACUGGGCUUAGCUUAGGGUAUUGGGGUUGGUGAUUUUUGAUGGUGGUGUUUUAUUUUGAAUUAUUUUAUGUAUAUGGGUGGUUUUUUUUUUGUUUUUGUUUUUUUUGUUUUUGUCACACUUGUAUGUCUGUGUACCACGUAUUUGCCUGGUGCCUGCAGAGAGGAGAAGAGGGUGUCAGAUCGCCCUGGAAUUAGUGAUAACUGUCAGCUGCCUUGUGGAUGCUGAAAAAGUCAAACCCAGGUUGUUUGGAAGAACAGCCGGUGUGCUCUAACCACUGAGCAGCCUCUCUGGCCCUAUGGUUCGGGGUUUUAGAGAUGGCAUCUCUUGGACUCCUGACUGGUCUCGAACAGGCUAUGUGGUGGAGAAGGACCUUGAACUCCUGAUCUCGAUCCUUCUGGAUGCUAGGAUUAGAGACAGAUGCUAACACAUCUGCUCGGGAUGGAACCCCGGGCCUCCUACAUUUUACAUAAGCGUUCUACCAAAUUAGCCCGGUCCCAGCCUGUAGUCAGUGUUUGUAUAGUGGUCUCUUCCCUUUUCUAGUCAGGAGGCUGUUGGUAUAGCACACAGACACCUUUCACAGACUCACUUCCUGUUGUUGCUAGCAUCCCCCACCCUUUGGGCCCUUUGUUGAGGCUCGACCCUCUUUCUACUGGCAAUAAGUGUGGAAAAGAAUGUCCUCACAGCUGGCCUUUUGACCCAUGAUAGGGUCCUCUAAUUCAUAAAAGUGACCCAGGGACGAGCCUAAGAGGCAGCCUGGGGAUGAGGCUCAGCAGGCCACAGGGGGUUAGGAGCAGAGCUGUGAAUAAGCAACCAGGAAGGCAUGUCUUUCCUAGGGACCUCAUGAGAACCUCUGAGGGAAGGUUGGGAGCAUUGUCCUAUGGCCCUGGCACACUCAAGGGCCCUGUGUGUGAAGAGCUCUGCUUGCUCACGUGGUCCUGUCACUCCGGCCUGCUCACAGAUGGCUCGGAAACAGCGUGACCAGGAAGCCCGAUGUGCUUUGCAAACCCAGGACUCAGUCUCCAGAUAGAUAGGAAGGUGCUGAGUUCAAAGCCAUCCUGGUCUACGUGGCAAGACCCUGUCUCAGCAAACUAACCCAACAUGUUCAAGAGUCAGCACGAGAAUCUUUAACAAAGCUCCUCUGCAUCUUGUGCUUGGUAGGCAGCCUGAAGCACUUCCCUUCUUCACAAGCCCUGUUGCUUUGGUCUGUUCUGAGACAGGGUCUCAAUCUAGCCCAGGCUGGCCUCGAACCUAGAGAUCUGCUCGCCUCUGCCUCCCAAGUACCAGGCUUAAAGUUGUGCACCACCAUGCCCAGAAAGCCAGCAUUGGUGAGCCUGGUGCGCACCUGGAGCUACAAGGAAUUUCCAAGGCGACCCUCUCAGCCUCUUUACCUUCAAGUCCUGGGCUCCUGAGCUCUGCCCCCAGCAUGAAAGCUGCUUUCAAAGCAACCUGUGAUAAUUCUGUAAUGUUUUUGAGUUUGACCAUUUAUGUACUUGGGCUUUGGGCUCCUCACCUGUGAAUUGUAGAUUUCUAUUUUGCGGGUUUUAACCCAAUACCCUUGUCACUGGCUGGCAUCAGCAAGCUUCGGCCUUUUUGCUUCCUUCUGUGUUUUGCUCUUUGGUGGUCCUUCCAUAGCUAGGACAGACACGGAGAACCUGUCUUUCAGUCCUGAUGGCACAAACAGCACAUUGUUGCUGCCACCGGGACAGCUACGGCAGCCAGUGGCAUGCCCGACUCUCCGCCCGAUGUCUCUGCGGAUUUCAAGCUUAUGCUGUUGUGUCAGUUUCCUGUCUGCAUCUGUGAUAAAUCUCUAAAUAUCCUGUAAUUAAAUUAAUUUCUAGUGACAGUGAUCAAUGUGCAGUUAAAUCCCCCAAGAGGUAAUUAUUUCCCUGUUUUUAGCUGCAGAUUAAAAAAAAAAAACACCAAUGACUUCUUCACAGUUGAGUUUCUGUUUUGUGUCUCAGCUUAGGAAAUUUUAAAUAGUAUUUAGUUUGACACAGUAGAAAGAAAGCCAUUCCGUGUGAACAUAGUGGGGUGUGUGCACACACGCACAUGCGCAAACAUUAAUUGGGAAGCUGAUUCUACGAAUAUCUUAUAUAGGGAAAAAAAAGCGUCAGGCUUAGUAUUUUUUUGCAAAGUGAUGGAUACAUUCCUCUUAUUUAUUAAUCACUGGCUUGAUGUUAGAGGUCUUUGUAGAUCGACUUUAAGAAUUGGAUUAAAAUAUUGUGAACAUUGCGGCUUAAUAAAUGUUUACUGUGGUGAUGUUCAGACUCCUGGAUGGAUUUCUUUACUUUGGUGAGGCACUUGAGGCAACCUCCAGAAUUAGAGAGUCAUUUUAUGGCUUUGGUUUAUUUCUUUAUCUUAAUGUGUAUGACUGCUUGGCCUGCGUGAGUGUAUGUAUACUUUGUGUGUCCCUGGUGCCCUUGAUGGUCAGAGUCCCUGGAAACGGAGUUACAGAUGUUUAUGAGCCGCCAUAUGGGUGCUGGGAAGUGAACCCGGGUCAUCUACAUGAAUAGCAAGUGCUUUUAAAUAUUGAGCCAUCUCUCCUGCACUAAAGAUUAAUUUAAAAAAAAAAAAAAGGGCUGGAGAGGUGGCUCAGCGGUUAAGAGCACUGACUGCUCUUCUGAAGGUCCCUAGUUCAAAUCCUAGCAGCCACAUGGUGGCUUGCAACCACCCCACCCCCCAACCCCCGUAAUGAGGUCUGGUGCCCUCUUCUGGAGUGUCUGAAGACAGCUACAGUGUACUUGCAUAUAAUAAAUAAAUAAAUCUUAAAAAAAGAUUAA